AUGACACAAACGGGCAGAGCAACUCCCAAUUCAGAGACGCUGAAAACACUAAGAGGAUUUUAAAACACGCAAAAAAACACUGGAAAUUAAAAGGAAGAGAUUUGGAGUAAAGUUACCACCAAGAUGGAGGAAUGUGAGAGUGUGGGCGCGGAAGUGACAGAGCUGCAGGAGUUUCAGUCUGAAGCUUCAGAUGCAGUCAGCCAGGACGAUGAAGACGAACUGGAAGAACUUCAAAACAGCCUGAGAGAAGUUGUCCAGGACCAGUCGGUGAAGCCCAAGCUUCAGUGCCUGAUGGUGGAUCCAUCGUUCUCGAUGGUAACGGUUCAGAGCGAGGACAGUGGUAUUGUUUGGGAGACGGCCUCCAGCCGCUGCUCUACGCCCUGGGCAUCUGAGACAAGCUCCGUCUCUGACACUUGCAGCAUGGAGGGCUCUGGAGCUGCAGGAAAGAUCACCAUCGUCUUUGAUGAGGAUAAAAUAGUCCGCAGGAGGACGAGGUCUGGAGGGAGGAGUAGCAGGCUGGGGGACAGGCUGAGCCGGCCUGGUAGCUCGAGAUCAGCUUCAGCUCUGGGAACAGAGAGGCCAGAGAUGGCAGAAGUUUCUAUUCCCAAUAUCAAACAGGAGACAACCAAAACAGAGCCAGACUUGGAGGAAAUCAAAAACAAAGAUCAGCAGCUGUUCAGUUUGAUUUCUGAGGGUUAUGAGAUUCUCAACAUCAGAGUCCCUACAAAACUCCCCACGGUGGAUGAGGAGGAGAGUACAGAGCUGCAGGAUAAUUUGUCUUAUCUGAAUCAGACUCCAAAGAUCAGGUCCCGAAACCACCAUGACUGGACAAAACAGCAGAAUGGUGUCGUGCCCGAGGAUGGAAAAACGCUGGAUCACUUGGAGCCCUCAGAGCAAGAUUCUUCUCAGCCAUCAGUGGACACAGAAGACAGACAGACACCCACUCAGAAAGAGACCACCAGUGACUUUGACUAUUUUGAGAAGUUUACCCUUUUGGAUGAAGUGGUUCCUGGAGAAAAAGCACCAGAGCAGCAGGAAGUGGCCAAACAGUCUGAGACAAAACCCCAAGCAGGAGAGCAAAAACCUGCUCAGAAGAUACCCAAGGACAACCUCUCCACAUCCGAGGACUCUUUUGUAUUCGUUACAGAUGUGGACAUAGUGGGGGAGCACCUGGAUGAGGUUUUCUAUGGAGAAGGAGCUCCAGCCAAUGCAUUGCAGCACAGGGGGGAAGACAAGGAGGAUGAAGAAGCUAGGAUUAGAUCAAGAAGAGAAAGUCAGCGGUCAACGAAGGAGAGCGGCUCAGUGUUGUUUGAGAGUGAAGAGACCACUCUCACGCCCAUAUUUAUCUCCUCUGGACCCCCUAAGAUCAUAGACCCCAUCCUGCUGGAGGAGCCCACUGCCAUGUCCUUCAUGUACUCAGACCUUUACGAGGAUGCUUUAGGCGAGAGGAGAAGGAGCGACGAGGAAUGCUCUGAGGCAGAGAGCGUGGUAUCUGAGAAGUCUUACAGGAGACGUUUGUCAGACUCAGAGGAAGCAGACGGCUACCUGGAGAAGUUCACUUUAAAAGAUGAAAUUCCUACAGUGGAGGUUAAACCUGAGUCGGAGGAGGACGCAGGGGAAGGGAGAAAGAUGUGGGGGCAGAAUAAGUUUGAGAUGACAGGAUGUCUAAUAAGAGUGGUCAAAGAAGAUGAUGGAGAGAAAACAGAGGGGCAGAAAGUACAGGAGGUCAGUGUUGGAGGUAACGGUGAAGCUUUACCAUCAGGAAUAUCUGAAGAGAAAAAGGAAAUUGUCACAGAUAUAGAGAAAGAUGGAGAGGAGGCACAGUUCUCUGUGGUGCAAGAGCAGCCUCUACGUGAAGCCACCAAAGAGUCUAAACCAAUGGAGGAAAAGAUGGAGAAGCAACACAUGAAACAUGAGGCAGAAUCAGACCAGACAGAGGCUCCUGAGCCUGUCACUGAAAAACCACUAGCUGAUAUUCACCUUGUCAGUAAAGCGGAGGAAACAGAGGAGAGUGAGGACCAUCAGACGCCAUGUGAGACUCAAGAAGUGGCAGAAAAACAACCUGACGUGCUUGUUGUGACUACUGAAAAGACAGCAGCUGUAAGCAGCGGGGUUGCCCCGGCUAAGGUGAUCACUGACACUAAGAUUGAGGUUGCUGGUGAAACGCUAGUAAGUGGGGCCAAAGAAGAGGCCUCGGCUGAAAUGAAAGAACCUGAAACUGUAGAGCAAGAAAUGCUCACCUUUGCUGAACCCAUCACUGAAACAUUAGUGUCUGAGAAAAAAGAAGCAGCAGAAGUUGCUCCUGAAGAUAAAGAUGCUCCACCUGUUGAGGUUGUCACUGACUGCGCUUCUGCAUUGCACACGGUAGUGGAGGUAACUGAAAAAGUUGUGAAUGACAAAGAGAUUCAAACUCAAGUGCAGAUUGAUCUUCAGGAGGCAACAAGUGUAGAGACAACAGAUGUUCCUGAAGGAGAAAAACAACAUGAAUCUUUAACAGAGGAACCUAUGGCUGUGAAGAUUAUGAGUGAAGCUGUGGUUGCUGAGCAGGAGUCAGUGGUUCAAACUGAUAUUUCAAGGGACGUAACCAGGCCUGUGAAGCCCGAAGAAGCUGAGUCAGAUACAGAUAAGAAAACCCUUGAAAGUGAGCAGCAGGAACAGCCUGUGACCAUCAAAUCUAAAAUACCUGCAGAGGACAGUAAGACUUUAGUUCAGGAUACAGUGAAUGUAGGUGAUGAGAUAUACCUCCUUGUUCCCAAGGGGAAGGCUGUAGAGAUGGACAUAGAGAUUAAUCAGUGGUCGGAAGACACUACAGAAGAUAUAGAAACUCUCCAAGAGCCUGAUAUCACAUGGACACGCCAGGUGCCAGUGGAAGAAACAAAGACAGAGCCUCAAUUGGAAGUAGAACCAGAAGCUGCUGUAAAAGAAGAACCACUUAGAAAUCAUUUAGAGCUUUCACCACUUGUACCCCUGGAGGAGGCAGAGGAGCAAGAGACGGAGAGGGAAAUGGAAGAAGAUGAAGUCGCCCUUUCUCCUCUGAGGAGCUUUGCACCCCAGGAGGAUUUGUCUGUGCUGCACAGAGAGGACAUGCAGCCAGAAGAAACAGACACAGAGCAAAAGGCAGAGAUGCACAAGACGGAAGAUGUGCCAGUAGGAGACAUUAUUAAGGAAGACUUAAUUCCUUGUGUUGAUGUGCACAGAGAUGGUGAAGGGGAGAAAAUGGUGCAAGAUGAGGGAGUUGCAGUGGCACCAGAGGUGACUGUCGAUGAGCUUGAAUAUGAGGUAAUAUCCACGCAGGAUGCAAAAGACAUGCCAGAACCGGAAACACAGACAGAUGCAGAAGAGCUGUCUGAUCAGAAACACAAAGAACAGGUGGAUGCAGAGAAGGAAGAGAAGGUAGAUGUUUUCCCAGAAGAAGAGCUCAUUGAGGCCGACUAUGAAAUCAUUGAUGCGGAGGAGGAGAAUCAGGCCCGACUGGCUGCUGAGCUGCAGGGAAUGGACUGGUUCUGUGUGACCUGUGGAUGUCUGCUAUCAGAGGACGACUGUGUGUCUGGAGAUCACCGCAGCCAUGAGAUUAAUUCUGUGGACAAAGCGUAUGAGGAGAUCAAGGAGCGGCUGAGCGGCUGGAUCUCAGAGCUUCAGGGGAGAUCAGAGAACAUCGAGGACUUGGUGUCAGAGCUAGAGCUGGCCUACAACUCUGUAGAGGACCAGUGUGUGGAGAGCGAGGCAGCGAUGCAGGCUCAGAAUGAGGAGAUGAUGGCUCUGGUGAUGGAGCAGUACAACAACAUGUCCGUCAGCAUGGAGGAGGAGAAGAAGGCCAAGCUGGAGCAGCUCUAUGACCAGAUUGUCUCCUUUCAGGAGAACAUCGACUCCGCCAAGGCCACCCUGGAGACUACGGCCAGAGAGUCUGAGACUGAUGCAUGCUCCCCUGAAGAUAUUCACGAAAGACUCAAAGCAGCUCUGGACUCAGCCCUGUCACUGGAGCUGGGUCCCAAGUCACUGAUGGUGUUUGAGGACUACGCCAAGGCCAAUACUUCCAGCUCAAACAUGGCGCAGCGCAAGGGAAUCCCAGUGCCUCAGAGGCCCACACUGCAGCCCCAGGAGCCGGGCUCAGCCACCAGCACCAGUGUCACCGUUUACUGGAAAGUCAACCCUGGGGAUAUCAUAGACUGCUUCCAGGUCUACUGCAUGGAGGAUCCACAAGGAGCUGUGUCCGAGGAGUACCGCGUGACAGUGAAGGAGAGUUAUUGCGUUUUGGAGGAACUGGACCCUGACAAGGUCUACAAGGUGUGGGUGAUGGCCGUCAACUACACAGGCUGCUCUCUGCCCAGUGACAGACUCGUCUUCAGAACUGCUCCGUCAGUCCCGGCGAUCGACACAGAGCGAUGCACGGUCAUGUGGGACUCAGCCACGCUGAGGUGGAGCUCAGCAAAGCAGAGUCCAGAGCAGAGUUACACUUUAGAGUACUGUCGCCAGUAUGAACUGGAGGGAGAGGGGCUCAGAUCCCUCUCAGGAAUCAAAAUCUGUGAACAGAGGGUUCUCCUGCAGCCCAACGAGAAUUACCUGUUUUACAUCAAAGCUGUGAACGAGGCCGGUUCCAGUGAACAGAGCGAGGCUGCUCUCAUUUCCACAAGAGGGACGAGGUUCCACCUAUUGAAAGGGUCGGCUCACCCUGCUCUGGAGCUUUCAGAGGACCAGACCACCCUGCACUAUUCCCAGCACGCAUACAACACCUCCUCAGCCACAGACAAAGAGUGUCCUUCCGUCCUGGGUGAGCUGCUGCCAGCAGGAGGUCGCUACUACUGGGAGACCAUCGUGUCAGGAAGUACGGCCUACAGGCUCGGAGUGGUGCACGGCGCGCCCAACAGAAACGGCUCACUGGGAGAAAACAGCGCGUCGUGGUGUUUGCAGUGUGUUCCCACACCAUCAGGUUGCAGGUACCAGUUACUCCACAAUGACAUUCAGUCCAGCGUGUUUGUGGUCGAGAUGCCUGAGCGAGUGGGCACUCUCCUGGAUUACCAGCUCGGGCUUUUAUCUUUCUACAACACUCAAAGCGGCCAGCUGUUGGGCAGCGUCAGGCAGCACUUCACCCAGCCGUGCCACCCGGCCCUGGCCCUGGAGUUGCCGGGGAGGCUGGAAGUCAGCAUGGUGCUGGAGGCCCCGGAGUUCACCAAAGACAGCUAGCUCCACGACGUGUCACACUCGCUGAGGACUUUACAGUUCAUGUUGGACAUUGGUUGAUUUGACUGGUUUUAUUUUAUAAUGAUCAGGACGAUUACCGUUAACACUAAUGCAGGAGAUUGGGGCCCAUUGGUCCGUGUGUGUUUUUGGAAAAAGGGAUUUUAAUUGUUUAGAAGAAUAUUUUUCCUGAUUGAACGCAAAUUGAAUAUUAAUACUUUUGAAGCAAAAGAAAUGAAAAUUAUCUUGUACAUAUCAAAAGUGACAGAAGUAAAAAUGACUGGAAUUGAGUGCUCUGAAAUCUUUACUUUAAUUGCUUCUUGUAAUUUGUUGAAGGAAAAGUGAAAUGCUGCUUGUCAUUCUGUAAAUCUGACCAUCAAGUAUGCUGAGGUGACAGUUUUUUACUUUUUUGUAAAUGUUUAAUUUACCAGUUUUCUCUGAAAACAGAUCAAGAAUACCUGCUUUAAUUAGUGGCUCAAGCCAUGGUAGUUCUAUCUUUUAUCAUCCCGAGGUUUAGACAGCGCGUUCAUAUCUCUAAACACACACCGUAGCACUUUUUAAUCCGUGUUUCAUAAUGUGAAUAGACAUGUUUAGUGUAAAUAACCUUUUUAAACGGACAUGAUCAGUUCUCUGUUUUAUUAUUUGCGUGUGAAGGCGGAUGCAGAUCAGCUGUUUUUCUUUCCCUGUCUUGUAAACUGAUUUUCUCGUCUGAUCUAAUAGGAUAUGAUUAUUUCUCUAUUUGAACAACUGGCCAGAUUUGUUUGAUUUGACUCGUACGCCCUAACAUUGGUUCCCAAACUGGGGUCCACACCUCCCUGUGAACGGGUGGAGAAGACCACGGGGGUGAAGCUUCGUCUUCCACUGAAUAAAAUCACGAUCAAGAAACUUAAUGAGUGAUCAAAGGUUUCUGUACACAACUUUUUAAAAGCACAGGUUUCGGCCCUCAGUCAGAACUAGUUCUAGGCCAUUUUGUUACCUGUGGUACCAGCUCAUUGCAUCUUUUAUUCUUAUUUUAUGAAUAAAACAACAUCUCAGAGAAA